UAACCAAUGGUUUGGUAGUCGUAUAUAAACACUUUCCCGGCGAUCUCAAAAACUAAUUCCGAUCAGGUAAAACUGAAAAGAUGGAUCAGGGGAGGCAGUUGUUCACGGUGGAUCUUCUGGAAAGAUACGCAGCGAAAGGGAGGGGAGUGAUUACAUGUAUGACAGCUGGCAACGACGUAAUUGUAAUCGGAACUAGUAAAGGAUGGGUAAUUCGACACGACUUCGGCGUCGGAGAUUCUUACGAAAUUGAUCUAACGGCGGGAAGAGGAGGAGAGCAAAGUGUACACAGAGUGUUUGUUGAUCCAGGAGGCUGUCACUGUAUUGCGACAGUGGUCGGGAGUGCGGGUGCUGAGACUUAUUAUACACAUGCUAAAUGGAAUAAGCCUCGUGCUCUGACUAAUUUGAAAGGUCUUGUUGUUAAUGCUGUUGCUUGGAAUAGGCAAUUGAUUACUGAAGCUUCGACGAAAGAAAUUAUCUUAGGGACGGAUAAUGGACAGCUUCAUGAGGUUGCUGUUGAUGAGAAGGAUAAAAGAGAGAAAUAUGUUAAAUUUCUCUUUCAAUUAAGGGAACUUCCUCAACCGUUUAUGGAUUUGCAGAUGGAAACAGCUAACUUAAGCACUGGAACAAGAUAUUAUGUGAUGGUUGUUACUCCUACCCGACUUUAUUCAUUCACUGGGAUUGGAUCCCUGGAGACGGUUUUUGCUAGUUAUUUGGAACGUGCAGUGCAUUUUAUGGAACUGCCUGGAGAAAUACCAAACAGUGAGCUGCAUUUCUUUAUCAAGCAAAGAAGAGCGGUGCAUUUUGCAUGGCUUUCUGGAGCAGGCAUAUAUCAUGGAGGUCUAAAUUUUGGAGCACAGAACAGUUAUUCAACUGGAGAUGAAAAUUUUGUGGAGAACAAGGCUCUUCUGGACUAUUCAAAAUUAAGCGAGAGUGCUGAGACAAUUAAACCAACUUCAAUGGCGGUGUCUGAAUUCCAUUUUUUGCUUCUCAUCAGAAAUAAGGUUAAGGUUGUAAACAGAAUCAGUGAGCAAAUUAUAGAGGAGCUUCAGUUUGAUCGAGCAUCAGAAUCAGUUUCAAGGGAUAUUAUUGGAUUAUGUAGUGAUGCCACUGCUGGCUUGUUUUAUGCGUAUGACCAAAAUUCUAUAUACCAGGUGUCUGUUAAUGACGAAGGCCGGGACAUGUGGAAGGUGUAUCUAGACAUGAAAGAAUAUGCUGCAGCUUUAGCAAAUUGCCGUGACCCACUCCAGAGAGACCAAGUAUAUCUAUUGCAGGCAGAUGCUGCAUUUGCAUCCAGGGAUUUCCAGCGAGCGGCAUCUUUUUAUGCAAAAGUAAACUACAUAUUGUCAUUUGAGGAAAUCACUUUGAAGUUUAUUAGUGCAAGUGAACAGGACGCAUUGAAAACAUUCUUGUUGCGGAAGCUUGACAACUUAACGAAGGAUGAUAAGUGCCAAAUAACAAUGAUUUCUACAUGGGCAACUGAAUUAUACUUGGACAAGAUAAAUCGUGUACUUUUGGAAGAAGAUAAUGCUUCAGAGAAUCAUAGCUCUGAGUACCAAUCAAUUAUUCAAGAGUUUCGUGCUUUCCUUUGCGACAGCAAGGAUGUCUUGGAUGAAGCAACCACGAUGAGACUAUUGGAGAGCUUUGGUAGAGUUGAAGAAUUGGUAUAUUUUGCUAGCCUGAAGGAGCAGUAUGAGAUCGUAAUUCACCACUACAUACAGCAAGGAGAAGCGAAGAAGGCUUUGGAAGUUCUUCAAAAACCUGCUGUUCCUGUUGAUCUUCAGUACAAAUUUGCCCCAGACCUUAUUGCGCUUGAUGCAUAUGAAACUGUGGAAUCAUGGAUGGCCACGAAGAAUCUACAACCAAGGAAACUGAUUCCUGCAAUGAUGCGCUAUUCAAGUGAACCUCAUGCAAAGAAUGAAACCCAUGAAGUCAUCAAAUAUUUGGAAUUUUGUGUUCAUCGUUUGCAUAAUGAAGAUCCUGGAAUUCACAAUUUGCUUCUGUCUUUAUAUGCUAAGCAGGAAGACGAUGGCUCUCUUCUGCGUUUCCUACAGUGCAAGUUUGGGAAAGGAAGAGAAAGUGGCCCUGAUUUCUUCUAUGAUCCCAAGUAUGCUUUGCGUCUUUGCCUCAAGGAAAAGCGAAUGCGUGCUUGUGUUCAUAUAUACAGCAUGAUGUUCAUGCACGAAGAGGCUGUUGCUCUUGCUCUUCAGGUGGAUCCUGAGCUUGCUAUGGCUGAAGCUGACAAGGUUGAAGAUGAUGAAGACUUGAGGAAGAAGCUUUGGCUCAUGGUCGCCAAACAUGUUAUCAAACAGGAAAAGGGUACUAAAAGGGAGAACAUACGGAAGGCAAUAGCAUUUCUCAAGGAAACUGAUGGCCUUUUAAAGAUUGAAGAUAUAUUACCAUUCUUCCCAGACUUUGCCCUCAUUGAUGACUUCAAGGAGGCUAUUUGCUCAUCACUGGAGGAUUACAACAGGCAAAUUGAACAACUAAAACAAGAAAUGAAUGAUGCCACACAUGGCGCAGACAAGAUAAGAAAUGACAUUAGUGCACUUGCUCAGAGAUAUGCUGUCAUUGAUCGUGAUGAGGAAUGUGGGGCUUGUAAGAGGAAAAUCUUGGUCAUGGGUGGGGACUAUCGCUCACGAGGCUAUACAUCAGUAGGACCGAUGGCUCCAUUCUAUGUAUUUCCAUGUGGACAUGCGUUCCAUGCUCAAUGCUUGAUUGCCCAUGUCACACGCUGUACUACUGAAACUCAGGCAGAACAUAUACUUGAUCUGCAGAAGCAACUUACUUUACUUGGUGAGGGAGCUGGGAUCUCGAAGAGCGGCAUAAAUGAAGAAUCCAUUGCUAGCACAACCCCUGUAGAUAAGCUCCGUGCACAACUGGAUGACGCGAUAGCCAGUGAAUGUCCAUUUUGCGGGGAACUGAUGAUCAACGAGAUCUCCUUACCCUUUAUUCUCCCUGAGGAAGCACAUCAGGUGAGCUCAUGGGAGAUAAAAUCACAUAACCUCGGAAGCCAGCGGACACUUUCUUUACCAGUGUAAUUAUACUUUAUUUGUUGAGCAAAUGCUUGCUUGUGUCUGUAAUUUAUCUUCGUCUCUAUCAUGGCGAUCGGUAACAAGGCUCCCUAUGCGUGUAUUUACCAAUUGGCCUUCUUUGAGUUGCCAAUUGGCCUCCUUCCAAUGUAAUUAGCAUAAGGUUUUGAUUUGUCGUCCUUUAAUCGAUAUUUAUUUAUUCAUACAUUGGUAAAAGUAUUACCCUUGUGCCCUGUA